AUGGGGAGCUCAAUAACUGGGUGGAACCUAUCCUCUACACGUUCGCCGUCCGCCUUACAACCAUCAUCGACACAAGAACAGAACAGAACGCAUCACUUCCGUCGAAAGCCAGCUACGGCAAUGUCGUCAGUGCAUGUGAUGCUGGUGGCUCUAUGGCUCAUGACGUGGCUAGCGACAGUCGCUUUCAUCCCUGCAGCACUCGCUGCAAGCCCUGACACGGAGGAGCUGUUGAACCUCAAGGCGGCGUUCAUGGUGUCAAAUCCCCAGGCGCUGCAGUCCUUCCCAGACGACAUCGACCCAUGCAGUGCAGAGUGGCAGGAGAGAAUCAAGUGCAACGAGCAUGGCCGGAUCAUUGAACUCAAUCUCGCCAACGAGCUGCUCAAAGGGCCAAUCCCGGGCCGACAGCUGGCGCAGCUGGAUGCUCUAGAGCGCCUAAAUAUGGGAUACAACUCUCUGACUGGGCCAAUCCCCAAGGAUCUUGGUGCUCUCAACGGCCUCACUUUCCUGUCAUUUGAGGCGAAUCAGUUGGAGGGGCCUAUCCCGGAUUGGAUGGCGCCGCUGCUCUCACGGCUCGUUGAAAUUCGUUUCGCCAACAACCAGUUCAACGGGUCUCUGCCGAGAAGCCUCGGUACUCUCCGGAAUCUAACCACGCUAGACAUGGGCAGCAACAAGCUCUCUGGCGAGCUACCACCACAGCUAGCCUACUGCAGUAACCUCAAACUCAUCUCCUUUCCAGCCAAUCAGCUGUCGGGUCCAAUUCCCGAAUGGCUGGGGAACCUCAAGCAGCUUGAAGUCCUGGAAAUGUACACCAACGUGCUCUCAGGCCCCAUCCCCACGCAGCUGGCUCUUGCAGAGUCCCUCCACUCCAUUGCCAUGGACGACAACCAGCUCUCAGGGCUGCUCCCCCCCGAGCUAGGAGACCUACCCAAUCUAUCCGCCAUCUACGUGGCGAACAACAAGCUGGAGGGCCCCAUUCCGGACUCAUACAGCAAGCUCGAGUCACUCAUGUACCUGGACGUGAGCUACAACGAGGGUAUCAACGGCACUAUCCCAGAAUUUCUAGGGAAGAUGUCACGCAUCCAGUCAAUAGCCUUUGAGUACUGCGAUCUGACAGGUCCCAUCCCCCCCAACCUGGGCGAGCUGCAGAACAUAGUCGAGAUCUUCCUCGACAACAACCAGCUCACGGGGGACAUCCCUCCAUCCCUGGGGCAGCUCGUGACGCUCAACAAGCUCUUCCUCAACCACAACAUGCUCUCGGGCGCCAUUCCUGUGGAGCUGUGUCAACUCACCAACAUCUACGACCUCAAUCUGGCCAGGAACCAGCUGCAGGGGACCAUUCCUGCGUGUCUCACGCAGCUGCCGCACCUAGCCACUCUGACUCUCUCAAUGAACUUGCUCACCGGUCCAGUACCAGACGUCAGCAGCACCAACGCGGUCAACUUUGAGUACAAUGGCAACUGCCUUGACAACGUGCCAGACCAGCAGGACGUCUGCGCCGCUCCCACCACUACUCCUCCCUCCACAGACGGGACCCCCCCGCCCACAGACGGCACCUCCCCUCCCACGGACGGAACCCCCACUGAUGGGACCACUGCAAAUCCCCCCACUGCUGACGGCACCACUACUGACGGAAGCAGCAGUGGUGGCGGCGAUGCUGCUUCUCAGGAGUCUCCUCCUCCUCCAUCCGAUGCUGCUGCUGCUGCUGCCGCGGUCCCUACCCCUCCCCCGCCUCCCCCAGCCAACCAAGGAUCAACGCCAGUGCCUGGCAUUAUCACCAUUUUUGUCUUCACGACUGCCCUACUCACUCUCAUCGCCGCUGCCUUCUACCUCAGCUACCGCCAGAAGCACUCUGACGGUGGUAACCGCGCCGACCAGUUGCCAGUGACAGAGUACAGCCUAUCAAAGAUCAAGAAAGCCACUCGCAACUUCACCACCAUCUACGGUCGCGGCAGCUUUGGCAUGGUUUACCUUGCAGAGGACUUUUUCCGAGACCAGAGUGAUCCGCGCGCCAUCAUCAAGCGAGCGCACGACCCGCAGAAGUUAGGUGAAUUUCUGUUCAAGUGCAAGGUGGAGGUGCUGGCGAGGGCACGGCAUCGCUACCUCGUGAACCUGCUGGGGUACUGCGUUGGCAAGGGCGAGCGCAUCCUCGUUUAUGAGUACCUCUCUAACGGCACGCUCUUCGACCGCCUGCACAGGCCGGAGCUGGAACCGCUUCCCUGGGAGACGCGUGUGAGCAUCGCAGUGAACAUCGCGUGUGCCUUGGAGUAUCUCCAUCACGGCGUGUCUCCUCCCCUCGUGCACCGCGCUGUGACUUCCUCCAACAUCCUCCUCUCCCACGACAUGAGCGCCAAGCUCUCAGACUUCGGCAUCGCAAGAGGCAGCGGCGGUGCCACGUCAUCCUUUGAGGAGAACCCGCGGCGGCAGCGCAAGUCACGGGCGGGGAGGGCGGAGAGGGGAGAGGCGAGUGAGGCGAGCAUGCAGAUGGAGAAGGUGGACGUGUAUGGGUUCGGAGUGGUGCUGCUGGAGCUGAUCACGGGGCAGAAGGCCAUGAAGGAGGUCCACAUCACCAGCGUGGCCGCCCCUUUCCUGGAAGAUGCGCAGAUGAUGCCUCUCAUGGUGGACCCGCAGCUCGGCGGCUACUUCAACCAAUCAGAGCUCAUCGAGCUGGGCACCAUCGCGCGCGACUGCGUGCAAGAAGAUGCGUCCAGCCGCCCGACCAUGCGAGAGGUCCUCCAAACCAUGGAGGAGCGGCUCCGCCUCGACGCGCACCUCUUUGACAAUCUCAACGAGGACGAUGCGUUGCUGGUAGAUGGGUACUCUGCUGCGGUUCCCGCUGCUGUGACGGCCAGUGGGAGACGGUCGGGGGUUGGGUUUGGAAGCCUGAGGCUGAGCGUGGGGGGAGGAGCGACGAGUUCGGGGAGGCGCGGGGAGAGCGGGCGGUGGGGGGCAAGUGUGGAGAGUUUUGCGCAGUCGAUCAAGUAUGUGCUGAUGAGUCCGGGGCGGGCGGGGAGUGGGAGGGGCGGCGCGGGUAGUUUGCCUGUUGAUGAUCCCCAUGACCUGGAGAUGUCUUCUUUGCUCGUCAUGAAUGCUGCUGAUGCGAGACGGUAG